UUUAAGAAACACGUUUUCUGCUGAUGGGGUCGGUUGUGCUUUCUCUCGCUCUUCAAAUGAGAGUGCUGGUAAGGACAUUUCUGUGUAAAAAGUGUAAACAAUAUCAAUAAAUAAAUAUUUAAGUGUAAUGUAUGACUGUGAUGUCAUGAAAUGUAAUGCAAUUAAUUGCAUUUUGAAUGUUUUACCGAGAUUGGUUUUGCUUACUAGCUUUCUCCAUGCUGUAUGCAAGGAACUUGGGUAAAGUUGGUUUUAUAUUCGCACAUUCAGACAUCUGUAUUCAAUAUCCUUGUUAAUCACACUACAUUGGAACUGAAGGGAAGAGACGUGUUUAAUUUAUUUGACUUAUCUUAUGUUUUGUAACUGUUAAUUGAGUAAAUUAAGAUAUUGAGAAGCACAUUUGCUGCUGACGGGGUCGUGCUCUCGCUCUUCAAACGAUAAAGCUGCUUUUUCCAUGCUGUAUGGACGAACUGAAGUGGAGAGACGUGUAUCCCAACAAAAUUAAUUGUGCUCUAUUUCUGCAGACCUGCUGCUUCAGAAUAAAACAUCCUGAGACCUCCUCCAUCCGCAUUGUCUUCAUCAUUAACAAGAACAAAACAUAACCGGAGUAAAACUGCUACAUCUACAAUACAAUUUAGAGUGAUCUGCUUUCAGCGUUGACGGUUUCCAAGUUAUGCAUUUCAGAAAUGUAUGUGUACAAAUGACUAGUCACAACAAUGUGUUCAUUGGAGUAAUACAACAAGCUGUAGCAGAGUGACCUCUUCUGUUCAAAGUUAGGUAUUGCAUUUAAUAUUGUUUAAGGCCUUAUCUGAUGACAUCAUAAAUGUGAGCCUAGUUUCAGUUUCAGCAGAGACAAGAGCAUGAGGUCAUGGCUAUUAUUGCUCCUUGAGUUAAGUUGAUUUAAAGGCACUUUAGGUAUGUAGAUAUAUUGCAUAAUUUUGUUUAAGUUAUUAUCUUAAUAUUCCAAAUAUUUUCUGUAUUUCGUGAAUUGCACAGUCUGUUCAAUUACAAUUGAUGCUGCUAAUAUGUGAUAAAGAGCUUUUGUUGUGCUUGUGUAAACAUAAUAUUGACACUUGGAACACUUUAUUUUGUAUGUAUUACUAUAUAGAUUGUCUUGUUUGUGUCUCUGAAAGCUUAAUAGGUAAAUAUUUAAAUUCAUCCAGUUCUUAACAGUAGCCUUCAACUUUAAAAUAAUAUCCACACUGAGUUGCGAACAAGUAAUGCAAUAUACAUUCUAACACCAUAAAAUAACUUUUAUACCGAAUUUUACAAUUGAUCGCGUCUUAUUGGCUUUCACUACCUCAAUGGGUGCGGUGUCUUCUCUCCCAUUGGUUAAGCAAAGGUUACUUUCAGUUUGUUUUGUUUUGUUUUAGUAGGGUCGACGACAGAACACUUUAAUGGAUUAUAAUCUACGUUUAAAAAACAACUACAUUUUAUUUUUAGGGAAGGCAAUGGAAAUAAUUAUUAUUUUGCCCUCAUUGCUUUGGUGUUUACGUGACUGUGGUGUGUCUGGUGUUGAUACAGAGAGAUUGUCUGUGGAUGACGGAGAAUCAAUUACUCUAAAAACUGGUGUUGAAACAAACCAACAUGAAAAUAUAAGGUGGUAUUUGACAUUGGAGAAUGACAUUCUCAUCGCUGAAACCACUGGAGAUCAGAGUAAGAUCUGCACAGAUCAACAGUGUAAAGAGAGAUUCAGAAACAGACUGCAGCAUCAGACUGGAUCUCUGACCAUCAAAGACACCAGACCCACAGACUCUGGAGUUUAUAAGAUAAAGAUCAACAGCAGCAGAAUCAGCACAAAGAUCUUCAUUGUUACUGUUCACAGUUUUUUCAGCAUUAAUACAGAUGAAGAGUCAGCUUUUGUGAUGGAAGGAGAUUCAGUCACUCUAAACACUCAUGUUGAAACAAACCAACAAGAAAAGAUUAGAUGGUAUUUUAAUGCCACUCGCAUAGCUGAAAUCACUGGAGAUCUCAGUAAGAUCUGUACAGAUGUUCAGUGUAAUGAAGGUACUGAGAGAUUCAGAGACAGACUGAAGCUGGACAAUCAGACUGGAUCUCUGACCAUCAUGGGCAUCAGAAACACAGACUCUGGAGUUUAUGAACUGAAGAUCAUCACCAGCAGCACCAUCCGUACAAAUAACUUCAUCAUUGCUGUAUACGAUUUUCCUGUUGAUGAAGUUGAUGAAAUAAAGAGAAAGUCAGUGAAGGAAGGAGGAUAUGUCACUUUAGAUACUUAUGUAAUAAAAAAUCCAAAUGAUUCAUUGACAUGGUAUUUUAAUGACACCAUCAUUGCUGAAAUCACCAGAGAUCACAAUAAGAUCUGCACAGUUAAUCAGUGUGAUGAGAGAUUCAGAGACAGACUGAAGCUGGAUCAUCAGACUGGAUCUCUGAACAUCACAAACACCAGAAACACUGACACUGGAGAAUAUAAACUGAAGAUCAUCAGCAGCAGAAUCAGCAUCAUUAGGAGCUUCAGUGUUAAUGUCAGCAUGAAGAGUUUCAGUGUUAAUGUCACUGCUGUUCCAGAUUCAAGUGUGAGAGGAAAAUAUGCUGCUGUUGGUGUUGUUGUUCUGCUGGUGGCUGCAGCUCUAACUGCUGGUGUGAUUUACCAUCACAAAAAGAAAUCUACACAAGCAGGACAAUAUGAGCUGGCUGUCUUGUCACAACAACCUGGAGCUGAACACGUUCAAAGCAAUGGAGAUAAUCAUAUACUUUAGAAGAAACCCCCAGCACUUCCCCCACUUAGCAUUAUGAACAGCACUGUGACUGCAGUGGAGUCAUUGAGGUUCCUGGGCACCACCAUCUCUCAGGACCUGAAGUGGGACAAUCACAUUGAUUCUAUUGUGAAAAAGGCCCAGUAGAGACUGUACUUCCUUCACCAGCUGAGGAAGUUCAACCUGCCACAGGUUCUGAUGACACAAUUUUACUCAGCUGUUAUUGAGUUGGUUCUGUGCACUUUAUAUAACUGUUUGGUUUGGGUCAGCCUGCAAAUCAGAUAAAAGAUGACUGCAACAGAGGACAGCUGAAAGGAUAAUUGGUGUGCACCUGCAAACCUUCAGGACUUGUACUGAGUGAAGAAAAGGGCGGUAACAUCAUCACAGACCCCUCCCACCCCGGACACAAUCUGUUUGCACUUCUGCCAUCAGGCAGACAUUACAAGGUUACCUAAACCUAUUCCAGUGAUCUCAUGUGUGUUCAUUGUUUGGAUUUAAAGAUUGUUUUUGUUUUGCUGUUUUUUACAACCCAUUAUGACAACUACUGUAUAGGAAAAGACUUCUAAUUUAUACAAAUAUACAUUUUAUAUUUAUAUAUAUAUAUAUAUAUAUUAAAUAUAUUUUCUUACAAUGGAAAUUAGAAGGAUAUUUGUUUCCAAUUAUUUUUGCUAUCAGAAAUAACUAUGCAAACACUGAAUCAUACAUUAUGAGACCAUACAUUUUAGUGAUCAUUGCGUUUCUCUAUACAUUCUAGAAUGUAGGCUUGUUGCGAUUGUCAGUGAUGCCAGUGCAGUGCAACCAGGGCCGUAGCUAUUAAAUUCUAGGCCCCUUGAAAAUACAUGGAUGUGGCCCCCACUGCGACUCACUUCAUAUACAGUACUCACUUCAUAUACAGUACUCACUUCAUAUACAGUACUCACUUCAUAUACAGUAUAAGACAUAGACAAGGAGGCCCACAUCUGGUGCAUGCAUGUAAAAUAAUAGGGAUUAACAAUAUAAAUGAAAACAAUAUAAAUGUUCCCUAAAAGUUCUCUAAAGGUGAUGAAAAUUCUGAACCUUUACAGAACAUUAGGGAUGUUCCCAAAAUGUCCUCUUUUGGUAAUGAAAAUGCUGCAGUUCAAGAUUCCUUAUACGACUUUAGGGGGACGUUCCAUUUUGGUUAUUCUAUGGUCACAUAAGAAUGUUACAAAGAGGACAUUAACAGAAUGUUUCCAUGGUUCCCCGUUAGUUAGAUGGAGAUGUUUCAUUCAGCACAGCACUGCAUCUUCCUGACCCAUUUGAAAUGUCACCUAUAGGUGAAAUGGAAGGUUCUCAUAAAAAUAAUAAUUAAAAAUAAAUUACAAUCACUUA